CUUGGCUAUGAUGGCAACCACCUUGCGGAGGCUCAUAGGCGGAGGAGGCGGAGGAGGCGGGGGAGGGGGAGGUGCAAGCGGAGGGGCAGCAGGUGCGGAAAUCGGCGCGGGGGGCAGUAACGGCAGCGGAAGCAACCAGGCAAUUACCAGCAGCAUGAGCGCCGGCGCUAUUCUGGGUGGUUAUUUCUUAAACGAAGGUGACAAUAACGAGGGAGGAGGAGCAGUUGCAGCAGGAGGGGCCUUAGCUUCUAGCUCCUCCUUCCGCCAUGGCUUGGCGAUCGGAGGCAAUAGGAGCAUCGGGGUUAGCGCCAGUAGCGGCACGACGGGCGGGGGUGGGGGUAGCAUCUCGGCCGUUGGAUCUGGAGGCAUGGCUGGUGUGGGGCAUGUGGGUAGUAGCUCGAGUGCAGACCUUGCGGGGGCUAGCACUGGGCUGGGUAACGGCAGCUCUGCUGCUAGUACUGCUGCUGCUGCUGCUGGUGGUGAUGCUGCUAUUGGUGGUAAUCUAAGUCUAGGAGGCAGCAGAAGCGCCAGGAGUUUAAGAGCCAGCAGCAGUAGCAGUAGCAUGGAGGAUCAGGCAGGGCCUAGCGGCAGCGGUGGUGGUAACAGUAGCAUCAGCAGUGGUAACCACCGCUCGUUUUCGUUCAAUCUCGCGUCACUGCCCAUUUCCGGCAGUGGCAACAGCAGCAGCAGCGGCGGCGGCCUCAGCGGCAGCAGUAGCAGCGGCUUUGCACGGGCCACGGGAGGCCCCUCGUUAGUAUCACCGCGCGUGUUGUCACACUCCGGAGGUGGGUUGCCCCUGGCGUCCCCAUCCCUCUCUCUCUCCUCGUCUCUCUCCCUCUUCUCCCACCCACGGCGCCACUCUCCUCACUCUUCUGCGCCCUCUUCGUCCGCUGCUGCUGCUGCCAGCAGCAGCACCAGCAGCCACAGUGGUGGCAGCAGCAGCAGUAGUAGUAACAACACCAGCAGCCGUGUUGGCAGUGGUGGGGGUGGCGCUGGUGGCAGUGGUGUUGGUGGGAGCAAUGUUCGCGGGGGGUCGAGAGCAGCAGCAGCAUCAGCAGCAGCAGGAGCAGUAGCAGCAGGAGGGGGGCAGCAGUCGUUGCUGCGGCAGCCGCUGCAGUAUCAAAUACGGCGGGAGGCACAGCAGGGACAAGCAGCACUGCCGACGGUAGGUCCUCGUCUCAGUAGCAGCAGGAGGAGCAGCAGGGGGGCAGCAGUCGUUGCUGCGGCAGCCGCUGCAGUACCCAAUACGCCGGGACAAGCAGCAACAACAGUAGCAGCUAUCCCUGCUGCAACCAACCCCGCUACAGGCGCUGCUACAGGCACUACUCCAUCCGAGCAGCAGCAACAGCAACAGCAGCAGCAACAACAGCAGCAGCAACAGCAGCAGCAACAGCAGCAGCAGCAGCAGCAACAGCAACAGCAGCAGCAACAGCAGCAGCAGCAGCAGCAGCAGCAACAGCAGCAGCAGCAGCAACAGCAGCAGCAGCAGCAGCAGCAGCAGCAACAGCAGCAGCAACAGCAGCAGCAGCAGCAACAGCAGCAGCAGCAGCAACAGCAGCAGCAGCAGCAGCAGCAGCAGCAGCAGCAGCAGCAGCAGCAACAGCAGCAGCAACAGCAGCAGCAACAGCAGCAGCAGCAGCAACAGCAGCAGCAGCAGCAGCAGGUUCAGCGGGGGAAGCAGGGGCAACAGCGGCAAGAUUGGGAGCAGCAGUGGCAGCGUCUUCAGCAGCAGCAGCAGAGGGGGUGAGGAACGGAGGAGGGAAGGUGGGUGGCCUUAGCAGGCAGGUCCAGCCACAAGGGUAAUCCAGAGGAUUGGCGUUGCAGAUUGGAGCAGCAGCAGGGGGGCAUAUUUUGAGCUGAAUCUCAAAAUACACAGCGCAGGGUGGUGCAGCAGACAGGCAUUGCAGAUUGCAGGAGCAGCAGGGAGGGGGGUGCGGGAGUGGAGGAGGGCUGGUGGCUCUAGUCGGAAGCGCCACCGCAAGGAUACUGCAGGCUGGGCCGCCGGGGGGUUGUUUAAAUUUGAAACGUUUCAAAACGCAACGCAAGGAUACUGCAGCGUGGGUGGGGAUACUGCGAAAGCGUCACUGCGGGGAUGCUGCAGGCUGGGUGGCCAGGGGGUGGUUUGGUUUUGAGACGUCUCAAAAAGCACGGAUACCGGGGGCUGGGCGGCCGGGGGGUGGUUUAGAGGUGCUGCAGAUUGCAGGAUCAGUCUCCCUCUCUAUUUCUCUCACUCACUCACUCACUCGCAAAAUCUCUCCUUCCAUGCCUGUUUCCCCUCACUCACUCUCUCACUCUCCCUCACUCACUCUCUCACUCUCCCCCACUCACUCUCUCACUCUCCCUCACCCUCUCAACUUCUUUCCUCCCUUGCUCCAGCACCAACACACUUGUCACCAGCCACUCUCUCACUCCCAUUCCCUUCCCACCCCAGUUCUCCACACCCACUCUUUCCUCCACCCUUUUCUCAAAUAACUCCCAUAUGGAGCCGGCAUCCCCUCCCCUCCCCUCUGGUGGGUGGUGGGGCUGCAGCAGCUGAAGCCCCACCAGCUGUAGGAGCAGAAAUGUUGGGCUGGCGGAGCAGGCAGGGCUGAAGCCUCAGUUAUAGCAGGCAGAGCUGCCAGGAGUGGGAGUCCAUGCGAAGGCAGCCAAACCAAGACAGCAUAGGGUGUCUCCAAGAGUCUGGUCUGGUUCUCUGGUGGGCGAUUUUUUAGAUGACUCAGAAAUCACACAUGGGUGUCCAUCCAAAGACGACAGUGUGGGGUAGUGCUAAGGGUUUGGUGCUCUGGUGGAAAACGGCUGUGGCUUUGUUCCUCGAGCGUUAUGCUUGUGCAUGUUUAGUCGUGCUUUUUGUUCAUUUUCUAGGGUUUCUCGCUUAAGGAUUCCACUCUGAAUGGUUUUUCGAAUUACCGGUACUGCAUGUGGAUAGGCCCUCACCUGUCUAGCGCGAAGCCAUGUGUUUCAAU